GCCCGCCCUGAAAUCACGGCUUGCCCUAUGGGGUUAGCUCUUUAAUGAGCCCCCUCUCUAGCUUUGAUAGGAAACAUUCUCUGAUCAGCAAAAUGAGUGUCUGCCGCCCACCACGGCCCUGGAUUUGGGAUACUUCCCCGUGAAUACCGAGUCUCCUUUCCCCCUCCAUCCCCCCCGCCGCCUUUUCCUAAAAUCCGCUGGAUUUCUCCCUCCCUGCUGGUAUUUGCAGAUCUUCCCAAUUCAGUAUGCUCUGUUAAAUAAGACCAGAGCUAAUGCUGACACGUGCAAUACCCAGCAGCUGGAUUUUCCUCUCUCAGUGCUUCACGGUUUAUGAUCCUCUGAACAGUUCCUGGAAUGUGACACAUCCAAACCACUUUGACUUAGUUUUGGGAGCUGAUGGCGCUGAUUCGGAAGGAGGGCAAGAGGAUGACUGCAGCCCAGCCAUCUGAGACCACUGUGGGAAACAUGGUGCGGCGAGUGCUGAAGAUCAUUCGUGAGGAGUAUGGCAGGCUCCAUGGGCGCAGUGAGGAGAGUGACCAGCAGGAGUCACUGCACAAGCUUCUGACCUCUGGAGGGCUCAGUGAGGACUUCAACACACCCUAUCCCCCACUCAGGGCUAAUGUGAUUGAAGCUAUUAGUGAGCUGCUGAUAGAGCUGGAGGGCACCACUGAUAACAUUGCGAUGCAGGCAUUGGAGCACAUCCAUUCCAAUGAGGUGAUCAUGACCAUUGGCUACUCUCGCACUGUCGAGGCCUUCUUGAAGGAGGCAGCACGCAAGCGGAAAUUCCAUGUCAUUGUAGCGGAGUGUGCGCCCUUCUGCCAGGGUCAUGAAAUGGCCGUCCGUCUUUCCAAAGAGGAGAUUGAAACCACUGUCAUGAGUGAUGCAGCCAUCUUUGCUGUCAUGUCUCGAGUCAACAAGGUGAUCAUUGGUACAAAGACAAUCUUGGCCAAUGGUGCAUUGAUCGCUGUAAGUGGGACUCAUACCCUGGCACUGGCAGCUAAACACCACUCCACUCCCCUCAUCGUCUGUGCACCCAUGUUCAAGCUUUCACCGCAGUUCCCUAAUGAAGAGGAUUCAUUCUACAAGUUUGUCUCUCCACAAGAAGUGCUGCCAUUCACAGAAGGGGAGAUCCUGUCAAAGAUCAAUGUUCACUGCCCAGUGUUUGACUAUGUUCCCCCAGAGCUCAUUACUCUCUUCAUCUCCAAUAUUGGGGGUAAUGCACCCUCCUAUAUCUAUCGCCUCAUGAGUGAGCUCUACCAUCCUGAUGACCAUGAACUCUAAGCUCUACUGGCUUGAAGUGCCUCAGUGUCCAAGCUCUUCCUACCUUGCUCUUUCGGAAGAUCCAGCAGCUAAAUAAAUCCAGGGCUACAGAGAUGGGGGUGACUGUCUUCAAAAGGAAACAUCUGCAUGGAGUAUAAUGUUUCCACCCUAGCCAAGAGCAGCAGUGAGCAGAGAUCUACACCUGGCUUUGCUUCUGACACUUGUAUUACAAGGCACAUGGAACAGUUUUUAAUCUAUUUGAUUUUUGGAACCUGUUGUUGCCAUUCUUGUAUAUCUCCACAGAAGUUCUGGUUCAAUGAUGGACCGGGUAUAAAUGGAAUUCUCUGUUGCCACUAAGCUGCAUUACCUUAGUGUGCUACAAUAAAGACUGCUUGUAGUGGUC